AUGGUUGCCAUUCCUGACGAUCUUGGGCGGCGUUCUCUGACAGAAACCCCACCCUCACCAAUCUCCGUUCCUUUCCGACUGCCAACUUGCCUCGGCUCUCCUCCAAUCCAAAAUCUAGACCUUCAUUACACCACCACCUCCGCUGCCAUCGUCACCCGCAGGUGCCCCACCCCUCCGUCUCUUCUUCCUCUUUUUUUUUUACUCUCUAGGGCCCACUCGAUCUACGUACAUUCACCCCCUCCUCUUAUCUCUACUUAUUAUCCCUCCAUUUCUCUCUCUCCUUCCUCUCCUUUUCAGGAUACCUUAUCCUAUCAUAUCUCACCCUCUCUACCGCCCCCGAAAGGACAAGCCUUUAUCUAUAUUUCUUUUUUAAUUCUUUCUUUCUUAUUUUUCUUUUCUUUCUUGCUGCCUUUCUUUCUUCUUUCUUUUUUCUUUCCUUUCCUUCUAUGUUCUUUCUUUCUUUCUGCUUUUUUCUUUUUUCCUCUUUCCUUCCUUUCUUUCUUUCUUUCUUUCUUUCUUUCUUUCUUUCUUUCGUUUUCCUCCUUUCUUUCUUUCUUUCUUUCUUUCGUUUUCCUCCUUUCUUUCUUUCUUUCUUAG